AUGAUUGAUGGGUUUUCUACAGGUAGCUUCUAUCGGAUAUGCAGUGCUUUUAAAUAUGGAGCUCGCAAGCUUGGUUGGAUUCUUUCGUUACCAGGAGAAAGAAUAGCAAAUGAGCUGAACAAGUUUUUUGCAAACACUUUAGAUAGGCAUGGAAGCAACUGUCAGACUAAUGAUAAAAAUGAUGCCUUAUCUGGAGGUCUUGAAGCUCUGAACAUUUUGUUGGAGCUUGGUGGAGAUUUUGACAAUCACUGCUUGAACCUGCAAUAUGGUCCCUAUUUCCCUGGGUCUGCUACAUCACCUCCUUUAUUGCCAAGUCCUCCUUUGUCGCCUCAGCCAUGGAAAGAGAAUCAAUGGGGAGUUACCUCUGAAGCUGUUCAGUUCCACCAGAAUAUUAAUUCCCAAACUAACAUAAAUGGUAUUGCUUGGGGAGCACAUGCGUACCAUGCAAAUGAUUCCACUUUAUCUGUUGCUGCCUUCAGAGGAGAGAAGAAGAAACCACGAGGAACAGGGACGUACAUCCCCAAUGCGUCUUUUCAGAGUUAUCGUCCCUAUAAGGAUAGGUUCUUGCCUGGAAGGGGAAGGAAACAGGCACCAGGAACAUGUUUUCCAUUGCAGAGACACGCUUUUAGUUAUGGCUUUGCUGCAGCCCCUCAAGAGUCAAUCUCACAGAGAGAAUACAACCGCCAGCUCUCAGAAGCAGAGUACCCAGUUCUAGGUCGUGGAAACUCUGCAAAAUCAGAUUACCAUCCACCUCACCUUUCAAUCUGGGAGUCUUUCCAUGACGUUGGUUUGUCCAACUUGCCAGAGAAACCUGAGUGUAGAUCCUUGUCACCUCCAUCAUGGGAAUCACACAUUCCAGAAGUGGACAGUCAAUCAGAGUUAUUCAGAGCCAAUGAGGAGAGGAUUGAAGAGCAGUCAUAUCAUCUGAAAAAUGAUGACGAUUUUCCCCCCCUCACCCCUCAAGUGCCUUUGAAGGAAGGAUUAUGCGUUGGAGAAUGAAGACACUUAUAAUUGUAGAUGCUAACACACUAGACUGAGCUUCUGAUGAGACAUCUUCCCCUGACUUCAACUCUUUUUGGGGUCCUGCGUUGUUUGUUGGUUCGAUGUAGCAUACAUAUGUUGUACAUUCUGGUUCGCUUUUCAUUUUCCGAAUAGACACGCACAUUUGUGUGCUUUGAUUGGGUUGGGUGGAUGAUGUAUAUACGGGGUGAAGUUUGCCCCUCAUUUCGCAUUCCCUCCCAAAGUUUGGAGAGUUAUAAACACAGUACUGAGAAGCCUCUGUUAGGUAUAUUUUCGGUUAGAUACUGGUUAGUAUACACAUGAUGAAAUCUAUAGAUGUAA